CAGUUCAACGAAGACAUGAUCCCGACGGUAGGCUUCAACAUGAGGAAGAUCACCAAGGGGAACGUUACCAUCAAGCUCUGGGACAUCGGUGGGCAGCCGCGGUUUCGCAGCAUGUGGGAGCGGUACUGCCGCGGAGUGAGCGCCAUCGUGUACAUGGUGGACGCCGCCGACCAGGAGAAGAUCGAGGCCUCCAAGAAUGAACUGCACAAUCUGCUGGACAAGCCGCAGCUCCAGGGCAUCCCGGUCCUGGUCCUGGGGAACAAGCGAGACCUGCCCGGUGCCUUGGAUGAGAAGGAGCUCAUUGAGAAGAUGUAA